UCGCAUAUCUCGUUGUUGUAGUGUAACUAUUGCGCAUCUCACUCAAUAUCACGUAUAUGCAAAAAACAUUUGGGACUGGUUUUUAGCAAGUUGUUACGGCUUGCGGUGGAGGAAUAAUUAAUCCAAAAGCUGCAUUGCGAUGUCAUCCGCUACCAUUCCAAACAUACCAGGGACCGAUUGCCCGUUAGAAGACAACCCCCCCAGCUACUCUGCUGCGACUCAAUCCACCGAGCCUCCGCCUGGACUACUUGUGCCCGGAUCCGGGGUAUAUACUACCGUCGGACGAAGUCGAUACCAUGGCUCCACAUCCUCCCUAGCCCUGAGCCACUCUGAUAGACACACCAACGAAGGGAAACGCAGACUACUCCUGAUCUACAUUCAUGGAUUCAUUGGAUCCGAAGAUAGCUUCCAUCACUUUCCCAAACAUGUUCAUGAUCUUUUAACCAUAUCGCUAAGUAAGACCCACGUGGUUUAUACGAAGAUCUAUCCUCGGUAUAAGACUCGAGGACCGGUGCAUAUAGCCCGAGACAAUUUUAGCCAAUGGCUUUUGCCGCAUGAAGCUCCAGAUUUAGAUGUUAUUCUCUUGGGUCACAGUCUGGGAGGCAUCGUCGCCGCAGAGGCUGCACUGAUGCCAACACAGUCGGUGACUGGGCGUGUGACGGACAAGGAACUUAACCAUCGAAUAUUGGGACUUGUCAACUUUGAUGUGCCUUUCUUUGGGCUUCAUCCUCGCGUCGUGACCACCGGAAUUGGAAGACUCUUCCGCCACAAACCGGACGAAACAAGCGACACCACCGAUUCAGUUACGUCGAUGAACGAGGGCAUCAGUAGUCCAGACACAACAUUCAACCCAGCCUUCCAGAAUGAUGUGAAACUAACGCGAUGGACUGGCUGGGAUGGUGCAUGGCAUUUUAUUUCGAAGUAUUCACAUCACUUAUCGAGGUCCAUUCUACAGUAUGCCUAUUCGUAUUAUGACCACGCCGGAUGUAUGAAUAACUACCCUGAGCUGUUCAAAAGGCAUAAGCGAUUGAUGAAACUGGAGGCCAUCGAUGAGCUUAACCAGGAGCAGUUGGCACAGAGCCGAGGUGCUGCACGAGUCCGAUUCGUGAAUUACUUCACUAAGAGUACGGGGAUAGUGCGAGCAGAUCGGAUGGACAGGUCACCCGGAGCACACAUAGUCACGGAUGAGAGCCGACAUGAGUCGGAUUACCAGCAAAGCUUGGAGAAUGCAACGAAUAUGCUUGAAGUGGACUAUGCACACGACCAUUCCCGGAGGAAAUCGGCGCCACCUUGCUCAGUUGAUGCCGCUGGAUUGCUAGAGAACAAGAAUGUCAUGCGUCCUAGAUCAAGCGGUGCACAGCAUUCAUCAUUACAGUCAAAGUCCUCUGUAGCGGCAGUUGAGGGAAGCACCGGAUGGGAUGGCCAAGAUGAGAACACUAAAGUAGGCUGUGAGAGUUCUAAUCAGUCCCAGGAAGCUCGGCGACAGUUCUGCUACCUUCCGAAAGAUGCAUACCGCGGCAGAGAGCACCUGUGGAUUCCAGUGCAUAUGGAGGGCAUCGAUGAGAUCACGGCUCACCAGUCAAUGUUUCUUCCGCAGGGUACAUACUAUGACAAGCUUGUUGGAGAUACGGUGGCGCUCAUUGAAAGCUGGAUAAGCGACGAUCUGACGAAACGAGCUAUUUUGAACGGUGAUUACAGUAAAUAGACUUGCUCUGAAGUUAUAGUCAGCUAUUGUUAGAUACCCCUAUGCGAUU